AAAAGAAGUUUACACCGGUAUAUUAAGAUGUCCACCUUUAACUUUACUGCAGUUUAAACAAAGAAACUUUUCUCUCAGUGAUGAUGAAAUCAAAAAAUUUGUGGAUUGUUUGUUCAAUGGUCAAGCACUUCUUUAUGCAAACAGAGAUAUUCUCCAAUCAACGCUUGGUCUAAGACUUGAGCCAGCUUUAAAUAUUGCGAUAUUUGUGAAAAAUUUAAAUAAUCAAAGCAGGAAUUUAUUAUAUGAAAAUGUAUUAGAAGUUGUUCACCAUCUUAAAAAGCUCAAACAACUUCCAGAGAGUAUGCAAAAUCAUGCUGAAAUAGAGGAAGAGGAUAAUUCAAAGUUUCUAAUAACUGGCACAACAGGUAUCGAAAAUUCUGAAAGCAUUGUUGGAACCUAUAUUAACUUUUAUAAUCUUUUACACAAUCAUCCUGAAACAUGGUAUCUGGUUGAUGGUACAGGUCCUAUGAAAUAUGUUCAGGCAAGAACAGUAGUUUCUGUAUCACCAAAAAGUAUCCAAAGUAAUAAAUUUCAAGAGCUUAUCAAAGAUCCUAUGAUCAGAUUUUGUGUUCCACCAUUGUCAAUAGAAGAAUUGUUAAUUUGCAAAAAAAUAUUUCCUACAGUGCCACAAAAUUUGAUGCUUGAUCUUAUUGAUAGAGUAGGUGGAAUAUCAAGAUACUGUAUGUUCUUAAAUGGCCAGCACGCUUAA